UCACAGAAGACAUGGUGUUCUUCUCCCCCGCUAUGUGUGCACCAGCAAGACACUGACAGACCUGUUGAGCAACCUUUAAAAAAAAACCGGUUCUGAAAAGACUAAGCUUUGGGGGGGAAAAAAACAAUUUGAGCUCAGCUCAGCGUGCGGGCGGAUCGAUUCCUUUCCCCUGCAUCUACAGCUCCUCCUACUGGGGACUGACUGAUUGGAGGCAUCUGAAGAAGGAAGGGCCACGGCAACCUGCCUCUGCCCGAUGAUUGGCUUGCUUCUCAGACUUCUGCUAUGUUUUACUGCACCGCUCUAAGCUUCGUUUCCCCCACAUGAGAAGCGUCCCGAUUACUGCGGCUUAUAUGAAUUAGGUUCUGAUCUGAUUUCUUCAUAGUGAAACGGGGGGAGAAAGAAGAAUGAUAACACUGUCCAAUGCAGACCGCGUGAUCACUUGGCUGUCCUUUGUUGUCUUUGGAGGCUGGCGCAGGAUGGAUCCUGCGUGGACAGUCUCCAGGACACCGGUCCGGGUAUUUCUGAAGCUGGUCAUGCUGAACUAAGUUGUGUUUACGUGGGCAAACAUCUGCAGGCGUCUCCAUCAAAUCUUGUCAGCACAAUCAGCUGCAGUUAGCAGCAAACCAACAACAACCACCUCAUCACUGUUCCUGCUGAGAUGAUCAACAGCCUGUUUCUGAUCAGCCACUCUGGAGACAUCUUCCUGGAGAAGCACUGGAAGAGUGUCAUUAGCAGGAGUGUGUGUGACUACUUUUUGGAGGCCAAGGAGAAGGCAGGGGACCCAGAGAAUGUGGCCCCAGUGCUGCAGACCCCACACCACUAUCUCAUCUCUAUCUACAGGGGCAAACUCUUCUUCCUCUCAGUUACCCAGACUGAAGUCCCCCCACUCUUUGUCAUUGAGUUCCUGCACAGGGUGGCAGAUACUUUUCAGGAUUACUUUGGGGACUGCUCAGAGGUUGUGAUCAAGGAGAACACGGUGACUGUUUACGAGCUUCUGGAGGAGAUGUUGGACAACGGGUUUCCUCUGGCCACAGAGUCCAACGUCCUCAAGGAGAUGAUAAGGCCUCCGACCAUCCUGCGGUCGGUCGUCAAUACGCUCACAGGAGGCAGCAACGUCGGGGGAACGUUGCCUACAGGCCAGCUGUCUAACGUUCCCUGGAGGCGGGCAGGUGUUAAAUACACCAAUAAUGAGGCUUAUUUCGAUGUGAUAGAGGAAAUCGAUGCCAUUCUGGACAAAUCGGGUACGACUGUCUUUGCAGAGAUUCAGGGUGUGGUGGAGGCCUGUGUGAAGCUCACUGGGAUGCCUGAUCUCACCCUGUCCUUCAUGAAUCCACGACUCCUUGAUGACGUGAGCUUCCACCCGUGCGUGCGUUUUAAGCGCUGGGAGUCGGAGCGCGUCUUGUCUUUCAUCCCGCCAGACGGAAACUUCAGGCUCAUGUCGUAUCACGUCAGCUCUCAAAAUCUCGUAGCCAUCCCGGUGUACGUGAAGCAGAACAUCAGCUUCUUGGAGACGGGUUCUUGUGGUCGUCUGGACAUCACAAUUGGGCCCAAGCAGACCAUGGGGAAGUCGGUGGAGAACUUGACGGUCACUAUUCCAAUGCCUAAAUCUGUGCUCAGCGUCAAUCUCACAGCCACUCAGGGAACCUACACCUUUGACUUAACAACCAAGGUGGUCCUUUGGGACGUCGGGAAACUUAACCCCCAGAAGCUCCCCAACCUGCGAGGAAGCAUCAGCAUUCAGACGGGCUCCCCGAAGCCUGAAGAGAACCCCUCGAUCAACAUUGGUCUGCAGAUACAACAGCUGGCCAUAUCAGGUCUCAAAGUGAGUCGUCUGGACAUGUACGGAGAGAAGUACAAACCAUUUAAAGGGGUCAAAUAUGUGACUAAAGCGGGAAAGUUCCAGGUCCGGACCUGAGCGAGGCUGGAAAGCUCAGCAUUCCGAUGCACCAAACAGGGGAGCGAGGGUUACCACACUGCCGAGUCAGCGACAAGUCUUACUAUCUACAUCUGCAUGGUCAAUAAUGAAGAACUCAGCAUUCUAACAGCUAUUUAUUACACUGCGUAAACCAUGCUUGGUAUUGUAUUUUAAAUUUACAUGACUGAAUAACUUUGACCUGCAAAGGGAAGCCUUAAAAUCAAUGUGAUUUCUGUUGAUUGUUGGGUUUAGAUGUAACGCAUCAUAUGGAGAAUUUUCCAUUUGCUGCACGCGUAUUUCUUUAUCUAACAUGCUCAAAAUGUUGCAGAAGGGGAAUAUUUUUUUGCUUUAAAAACAAGCUCCCUGCCUUGCUUUACGCGACAUCUCUUGAACUUGAACAUUACAGUCUGCGCGCUGCCUUAAGAGUUUGAAGGAAUACCUUUGAAAAGGUUUCUACGUGAUACUAGUUAGCGGAUUUUAUUAUAAUAAUUUCAGAUGAAACUUUGGGGAAAAAUGUAUGUACUGCCUACAUUCUGAGUGGUUGCGAUGCAGAUAUGUCUGCACACAUUCAGCGUUUAAUUCAGUGGCCUUGUGAGAGGAGUUGUAAGAGCUCUGUAAACACACACUACAGCACAAGCUGCAAGCUCAGGAGACUUGAGGGAAGUAUGUUGAAAACUGUAUUAUUUAAAGAACACAGUAAAAAUGUGACAUUGGGAUGGUGUGGGUCCGAUUUAGUUAUUCAGGUGUUUUUUUGGGGGAGAGGGAGUAACUGUAGAAACUACAUGUUGUUGAAUCCAGCUGUUUUCUCUGAGCAGAGAAUUUUUAAUCACUAUUAGAAAAAUAUCCUAUUUAAGAAGAUAAUGUAAGAACCUCUAAACCAGAUGCCUUAUUGUAAAAUCUUUAUACUCCUCCUUGUGUGUUUUUUGUUGUCUUUGUAUCCAAGCUGCCAGAUUAGCUUUUUGUUUGAAGAUCCUUUUUGCGGUGCCUUUCUACAUGCUGAAUUUUCUCCUGCUAUUUUUGUGUAAACUUUUAUCCCAAAAUCUAAAUGAGACAUUUGUCCAAAGCUCAAAUGUUGAAUAUGAUGAAGAAAAUGUAAUAAAUUACCUUCCAAUCAUGUGCCACAAAUCUAGAUUUUUUUUUGUUAACAUGACUCAUCUGUUAUAUUUUGAACGCAUCUUCUGAAAUGCAGCUAGUGAUGUUAUUCAGAGAUGAAGUGAGGAAACGUUGCAAAUUGACAUCGGAGGCAGAGAGGAGCGCCGCUUUUCUGACCUCGGUUGUUUUAUGCAUUAAAAACAUGUCGACUCUUGUUUUUAUUAUAGUCUUUAUUCUUUCAAGGCACAGCAGAUGUUGGCAGGGCUACAGGCUAUCGGAGUACAUUCAGAGUGUGGAUUAACGUCUACGACGUACAGCUCCACACGCCGAGUCUGUGACGACUACAGUACGCCUCUUCCCCCCAAAAAGAAAGAAAACGGGUAACAGUCUGUGCUGCAAUUCAGAACUUCAUCCCUAAUCAUACCAGGGACGGCUCAGUAAUAGUGUUAAAAUGAGACUACACACACGCACACUGUCUCAAUGAGACAUGUACAUUUACCCACCCAGUUUUUUAUUUUAUUUUUUUUAAAAGAAUUUGUUAAUGGAA